AUGGCCCUCGCACCAAAGUUCAAAGGCCACCGGCUUCUCUUCUUCCAAGAUGACCCGGCUGCGCCGGCUCCGACUGAGUCCUUUGAGCCUCUGCACACAAUCGAGCUGUACCUGGACUAUGUGUGCCCCUUCUCAGCAAAGCUCUUCAAGACGUUCGUGACGGACGUGGCGCCCAAGAUCCGCGCGGACCCGGCCCUCGCGCAGAAGAUGCAGGUCAUCUUCCGGCAGCAGAUCCAGCCGUGGCACCCGUCGUCGACGCUGGUGCACGAGGCGGGCGUGGCGGUGCUGAAGCUGGCGCCGGGCAAGUUCUGGGACUUCAGCGCGGCUCUCUUCGCGGCGCAGAAGGACUACUUUGACGUCAACGUCGUCAACGAGGGCCGCAACCAGACGUAUGCGCGGCUGGCCAAGCUGGCGGCCGGCAGCACGGGCGUCAGCGAGGCCGAGUACGUCAAGCUGCUGCAGAUCCCCGAGACGGCGGCGGACGACGGCAGCUUGAACGUUGGGAACGGCGUCACGAAUGAUCUGAAGCUGCUGAUCAAGGCGGCGAGGCUGGUGGGUGUGCAUGUUAGUCCGACUGUCAUUUUUGAUGGCAUUGUGAACAAUGAUAUCAGCUCGGGCUGGACAGCCGAUCAGUGGCUGGAUUGGCUUAAGAAGAAUGUUGCGUAG